UAAUUAUCCGGGAAGGGAAAGGUUACUAUGGCCCCGCUGGAAGAACUAGGGGCCCGCGGAGGUCAGACAGUGACGUGUGCGAUUCUGAAGGAAAGGAAAUCACAGGCAGGGCGCCCCGUGCGGGGAACGAGCGCACCUGGACAGACCUGCCGGGGAAAAUGAACUACCCACACUGCAGUGACCAGACGUGAGCGCGGGAGGAACACUUUGACAACACGAAUUGUGGCUGAAUCGUCCUUCCCACCAAGAAAGUCAUCGCGCCUACCCGCACACCUGCCGGGCGUGGCUGGGCGUGGAGGCGUCCGCUUUUGCCUCUUCUGCUUCAGCCGUGGAAGAUACACGCGGGGUGCCCAUUAGAACAUCAGUGUGUAGCCCAUCUAAAAGCUCAGCCUGCCUACAUAAUAAAAGAAAUCUUGAGCCAAACAUGGAAGUGAUGCCAUUAGAAGACUCAGAAGAGGAAGACUCUUCGGACGGAACCAUCAGUGGAGAUGAAUCAGAUGAGGACACCUUCAUGAAAUUUGCAAGUGAAGAUCUCCAGCAGUGCGCACUUCUAGCAGCUGAUUCCAUCAGUGACUCGUUUUUCCCGCGGACUACACAGAUUAUACUGCAGUGUCAGCGAGGGAAGUGGGUGCCUCGCCUUCGCGAGCCACGCGAUUUAUUUGGCGUCUCUUCCUCUGGUCCACUGAGCCCGACACGGUGGCCGUACCACUGUGAGGUCAUCGAUGAAAAAGUCCACCAUAUUGAUUGGACUCCUUCUUAUUCUGAGCCAGUGUACAUCCCAACAGGCCUAGAGGAGGAGCCCUUAUAUCCAAACUCUAGUGAAGAUACAGUGGUUUACCUAGCUGAAGAUGCUUACAAAGAGCCCUGCUUCGUGUACUCCCGGGUCGGGGGCAACCGGACAUCCCUGAAGCAGCCCGUGGGCGACCGUGACAACACGCUGAUGUUCGAAGCCAGGUUUGAGAGUGGCAAUCUACAGAAGGUAGUCAAAGUGGCAGACCACGAAUACCUGCUGACGGUGCGUCCCGACCUCUUCACCAAUAAGCACACCCAGUGGUACUAUUUCCAAGUCACUAACACCCAAGCAGGAAUAGUCUACAGGUUCACGAUUAUCAACUUCACCAAGCCUGCUAGUCUUUACAGCCGGGGUAUGCGCCCACUCUUUUAUUCUGAAAAAGAGGCCAAGACUCAUAACAUUGGCUGGAAGAGAAUAGGGGACCAAAUCAAGUAUUACAGGAACAACCCCGGGCAAGAGGGGCGCCACUAUUUCUCCCUCACGUGGACAUUUCAAUUUCCACACAGCAAAGACACCUGCUACUUUGCUCACUGCUAUCCGUACACUUACACCAACCUGCAAGAAUACCUUUCCAGCAUCCAUAAUGACCCAGUGAGGUCCAAGUUCUGUAAAAUACGUGUCUUGUGCCACACGAUUGCUAGGAACAUGGUGUACGUCUUAACGAUCACUACCCCCUCGAAGGACGGGGACUCAAGGAAGCGCAAGGCCGUGAUUUUGACCGCGAGGGUGCACCCCGGAGAGACCAACAGCUCUUGGAUCAUGAAAGGCUUCCUCGACUAUAUUUUAGGAGGCUCGCGGGACGCGCAGUUGCUGCGGGACACUUUCGUCUUCAAGGUGGUGCCCAUGCUGAAUCCGGACGGUGUGAUUGUAGGAAAUUACCGGUGUUCCCUAGCGGGACAGGAUUUAAACCGAAACUACACCUCUCUCCUGAAGAAGCUGUUCCCUUCUGUGUGGUCUACGCGGAACAUGAUCCGUAGGUAAAUGGAGCCUCGAAUUACCUCUCGGCUUCUGUAGCCAACUUGG